GGAGUCUACCUGUACUAGUCCUGUAACUCAUAUUUAACAAUCAAGAUUCCGCACCCUGUCAACCAUGAUCAACCGGGUAGAGACCGCCUCUGAUCGCAUUCGUAACAGCAACUCCCAGAAUGGUGUCAUCCAGCCUCUGCUCACAGACAUGUACCAGAUCAGUAUGGCCUAUGCGUACUGGAAGUCUGGCAAACAUGGCGAUACUGCAGUGUUCGAUCUCUUCUUCCGUAAAAACCCAUUCCAAGGAGAGUUCACCAUCUUCGCUGGACUGCAAGAGUGUCUCACCUUUGUGCAGAAUUUUCAUUAUUCCGAAUCAGACAUAGACUACCUGCGUGAGAAUUUGCCGCCCUCAGUAGAGCCUGAAUAUUUUGAGUUCCUGGCAAACUUAACAGCCGAUGAGGUCACAAUGUAUGCAGUGGAUGAGGGCAAGGUGGUGUUCCCCAGGGUGCCAUUGCUGGUGUUGGAAGGUCCCCUCAUUGUAAUCCAGCUCCUUGAAACCACCUUGCUGAACUUGGUCAACUAUGCCAGCCUGGUGGCCACGAAUGCAGCCCGCUUCCGCAUGGCUGCUGGGCGCAAGAUGAAGCUGCUCGAAUUUGGUCUGAGGAGGGCACAAGGUCCUGAUGGAGGGCUAUCCGCCUCAAAGUAUGCCUACUUGGGAGGGUUUGAUGGAACGAGCAACGUACUGGCAGGCAAGCUGUACAACAUUCCAGUGAAGGGCACUCACGCUCACUCCUACAUCUCAUCCUUCUCCUCUCUUGAAGACCUACAUGUUGAGACCCUGAGGCACAAGGAGACAGGAGAGGAACUGAGUCUUAAGGAUGCAUCCCUGAAGUGGAGGACCCAAAUAGCUAGCACACUACAAAUUCUACAGUCUGAAGCAUCGGACGGGGAGCUGGCGGCAUAUAUCUCAUUUGCCAUUGCAUUUCCGAGCGGAUUCAUCGCUCUUGUGGACACCUAUGAUGUGUUGAGAAGUGGCAUCUUAAAUUUUUGUGCUGUUGCUCUGGGCCUGCACGACCUUGGCUACCGUGCUCUUGGCAUACGAAUCGACUCUGGAGACCUGGCCUACUUGAGCUGUGUGGCCCGGUCAUCAUUCGCAACUGUGGCCAAGGAAUAUGACCUGGAUUGGUUUGAAAACGUUCAGAUUGUUGCAAGCAAUGACAUCAAUGAGGAGACUAUUAUCAGCCUCAAUGAGCAGGGCCAUAAGAUUGAUUGCUUUGGCAUCGGAACACACCUUGUCACAUGUCAGAGGCAGCCUGCCCUUGGGUGUGUCUUCAAGCUCGUGGAGAUCAACGGUGAAGCCAAGAUCAAACUCUCGCAGGACAUGGAAAAGGUUACUUGUCCAGGGAAGAAGAGUGUUUACCGCCUAUAUGGGGCUGACGGUCACGCGCUCAUUGACCUGAUGCAUCGCACGUCAGAGGCAGCGCCCCAGUGUGGGAGUCGAGUGCUUUGUCGCCAUCCUUUCCAGGAGAGCAAGAGGGCCUAUGUUAGCCCAACCAAAGUGGAGCUUCUGCAUAAGCUGUACUGGCAUGAAGGGAAAGUGCAGCAACCCCUCCCUGACCUUGAAGAGAUCCGUCAGCAGGUUAUUGCCUCCCUGGACACUCUACGGCAAGACCACCGCAGGAACCUCAACCCUACGCCUUACAAGGUUGGGGUUACUGACGACCUCUAUAACUUCUUGCAUGAAUUGUGGCUCCAAAAUGCACCCAUUGGAGAGCUCUUCUGAACUUGCACUGCCCUGCCGUCCCCCUGGAGGUUAUCUGCAGCUAUACCAAAAGGGUCAUCACCAGUCAGCUGCUACCACAUACUAGACGCUACUUGAAACCAUAUGUUAUGAGACACAGUAGCCACCAAAGCUACAACAGAGAGAAUCAUUUUAGUUGUACUUGCACACAUGUAUAACGUUUAGGGAGGCGGUGGCUGAAUGGAUAGUGUGACGGCGCCGCGUUCAGGACAACACGAGUUCAAUCCCCGCCCGGUGCCACCAAGCUGGGAUUUUUCAGCCGCCGCCGAGUGGCUUAAAACUACCCACAUGCUGUCCAGAAGACCACCUAUCAACCCGGACUCUAGAUUCUAGGAUUAAAGAUGAGCUCCGGGAGGGCAGCAUGAGCCAAUGCAAGAUGGCGCCACUAUAAACACUCGCCUGCACCAGAACGGGCUGGGCCAACCAUCAGGACCCACCGGGAAGAAGCCUUGGGCCGACCAUCAGGAUCCACCGGGAAGAAGCCUACCAGCGCAAUAGUCCUCGACAUAAAAAAAUAAAAUAAAAUAAAAUAACAUGCUUUUUAACCAAAAUUUCAACUGAAGCAUCAUACAGAUCAGCACAAGCAUGAAGCCAGAUCAAUCACAUCACAGGGGUACAGCUCUUGGACAUGAUGGCACACAUUGGUGAUUCAGCAGAUAUAAGCCUGAGGUAAGUAUUCUGCAUUCUCAUAAGGCAGAAUCCUUUGAAAAGUGAGUUACAACCCAAGUCAUAGGAUAGACUGCCUAACUUAACCCAGUAGCAGCGGGGAUCAUGUUUCUUAAUGGUCCCUCCAAGCGAGAAAAAUGAGAAAAAAUCACCCCUCACACAAACCAUUUCAUAAUACAUAUAUCAAAGCAUUUGUGAUCAGAUUAUGUAUCAUCUAUUUUGGGGGGUUUGUAUCAUGGGACAAAUUUGGCCCGUCGCUGCUACACAGUAAAGCCACAAAUUUGGCCCGUUGCUGCCACACGGUAAAGCCACAAAUUUGCCCCGUCAAUGCUACACGGUAAAGCCACAAAUUUGGCCCGUCGUUGCUACCGGGUUAAGUGUUUGAGGUGAGAUCUCGGUACCAAAUCGAAAAUUAAAAUGUUAUAAAAUUUAUGAGAAGCUUAUUGCAAAAAAAUUAUACUCUGCUGUCAUAUAUCUUUCUGAUAAUAUAUACAUACAGGGCUAUCAGAUUAGAAAUAUAAAAAUAUCAAAUUUAUGAGAAGCUUAUUGCAAAUAUUAUACUCUGCCAUAAUGUAUUUUUCAGGUAAUAUUUACAUAAAAAUAAAAUAUAUAUGAUAUUAUGUGAAUGCAUGAUGGAAGGCAAAGUACCUGACCCUUUCACUGAACAUUCUUGGAAGUAAGAUACGCACACACUAAGUACAUACAGUCAUCCCUCAAAUAGUAAGCUUUCCAAUAGUUUUAGGAGCAGCGAGUAGCGGGCUUUUUUUUUAUUAAUGUUUACUUUUUUGUGCCCUUGAGCUGUCUCCUUUGCUGUAAAAAAAAAAAAAAAAAAAAAAAAAAAAAGUUUGGUUUUGGUUUUAUGUGGGUUGUCAUUGAAGAUUUUUUUAGGAUUUUUGGAUUUUCCGACGAGCGGGAAAUUUUAAAAUCCUAAAAAGAUCUUCAAUAACAAUCCAUAUUAAACUGAAACCGAGCUAUUGGAAACCGUACUAUUUGAGGGACGACUCUACAAUGACUGACAUUUCAACGGACCCACCAAAGGACAUUUUAACAUCAUGUGAUUUUUCAGUAAUAUUAACUGUUCGCUUUUUGUCACAUGUCUGUUUUACUUUAACUUGGUAUCAGCGGGGAUCAUGUUUCUUAAUGGUUCCUCCAAGUGAGAAAAAUGAGAAAAAAAUCAUCACUCACACAAACCAUUUCAUAAUAUAUAUCAAAGCAUUUGUGAUCAGAUUAUGUAUCAUCUAUUUUGGGGGGCUUAUAUCAUGGCACAAAUUUGGCCCAUCGCUGCUACACGGUAAAGCCACAAAUUUGGCCCCUUGCUGCUACACAGUAAAGCCACAAAUUUGGCCCAU